CUAGUAGAUGAUGAAAACCAAUUAAUAUCAUGAGAUUUCCAUGUCAUCACCCGUCAUGAGUAUUAUCAUUUGUAUGGGAAAGCAACCAACCUAAUCCAUGAACUCUUUUCCUGUCUAGCCUGUAUAUAUAUCUUUGACCCUCUAACACUGGCAUAUGAAUUUUCUUUGAAGCAGUCAUAUCCAUAUGUUUCUUCUUCUUCCCGAGAUUUAAUAGGUUAUAGGUGCCUUGUAUCCAUGGGUGAAGGUACUGGAAAACAAAUGGCUCAGGGUGCAUACUCGAUCAGACAAUAUGACAACUACGCGAAAAGAGAAGAGAGUUGGGCGAUCAUGGAAGGAGAUGAUGAUGACCAUGAUCAUGAUGAUAUGUCCGACACCACUUCGACGACAUCUAAUCGAACGACGUAUUCAUCAGACUUGGUGGAUGAUGCAUCUUCAUCGGCAUCGUCUUCAUGUUCUUCAUCCUUGCGUUCUGGUGGAUCUCUCUACGACUUGUCAGAUCUCAUGGCGCAGUUACCCAUCAAGAGAGGGCUUUCCAAGUAUUUUCAAGGCAAGAGUCAGUCUUUCACAUCUUUAUCAAAAGUGAAUAGCAUUGAAGAUCUUGCAAAGAAAGAGACUCCAUAUAAGAGAUCAAAAGCGCUAAAAUCAUGCAAGAGCUAUGGUGGUGGCUUAGGUACCCAAAGAUCAUACUCUCUUAUUCCCAAGGCUACGAUAUCUAAAGUGAAGAAAACUUCGAGAAGCUAGUCCUGCUUUGUCAUCUGCAUUUUUGUUAACGCUCAUUAUUAACAAAAAUGUCCCUACCCUUUCUGUAGCAAAGAAAGUUUAACGUACGUGUUUGCAUAUACAUUUACUACGUAAUCAACGUUUGAUGGGAACUAGAUAAUGUUUAAUUUUUUUUAUCAGGAGAAUAUGUUUUGUGGGUUUGAGUGUUUGACAGUUUUUGACAAUGUUUUUUCGAUAGAUCGAAAGUGUUUUGACAAUGUUGAGAUGAGAUAUAUUCCUGACGCACUCCCCCUCACAUACUCACUUACGGGAGUUAGGAUUAGACUCGUGACCAUCUUAAUUUUAUUUUAUUUUAGGGUGAUGCUAUCAACACACAAGUUAUUGUUAUUAACACAAUUUCUGUAUGACGAGAACCAUUUAUAUAGUGAGAACCAAUCAUUAAUCAAAUUCAAUUGGUAAGUUUGUAAAUAAAA